ACAAACCAUAAAUAGUUGAGGUCGGUUGCCGUUCUGAGCAAACUUGUAUCAGUCUUUUUAAUUUCUUUUUGGGUGAAAUGGCGACGAAAAUUGACGCUUCUUUGGCUUCUGCCGUAAUUUUUGAACAUUUAUCAAAGGGCGAUAAAUCUGUUGCUGAAAUCUUUAAGAACAAAAUAAAGCCGGCCACAUUAGUGAAAGGUUCACCUACUUUAACUGACAUUAUUUCUCAUUACUUGAAAACUGGACAAAAUGCCAAGAAGUUGAAAUAUGAUGCAGAAAGUUCAGAGGACAGCAGCAGUGAAGAGGAGACGCCUCCUAAAACAAAGGCAUCACAAGUAAAUGGAGGUGUUAAAGCAACCCCAAAUAAAGCAGUGGCAAAGAAAAAAGAAUCAUCAUCUGAAGAUAGUUCUGAUGAUGAAGUGAAGCCACAACCCAAGGUAGCAGCCAAGCCUGCUCCAAAACCAGUUGCAAAGAAAGCAUCAUCUUCUGAUGAUAGCUCUGAUGAAGAAGUAAAAAAGGCUCCAGCAAAACCUGCACCUAAAGUAGUUGCAAAGAAAGCAGAAUCAUCUUCUGAUGAUAGCUCUGAUGAGGAAGAAACAAAAGCACCAGUUAAACCAGCACCUAAGCCUGCUGCCAAGAAAGCAGAUUCUUCAGAUGAGAGUUCUGAUGAGGAAGAAACCAAGCCAGCUGCAAAGCCUGCUGCUAAACCAGUAGCAAAAAAAGCAGCAUCUUCUUCAGAGGAUAGCUCUGAUGAGGAAGAAGCUGCAGUGAAAGCACCUGUGAAGGCAGUUCAAAAGCCAGCUGCUAAAAAAGCAGCAUCUUCAUCAGAAGACAGUUCUGAUGAAGAGGAAAAGAAACCUCAAGCCAAAACUGCUCCAGCCAAACCAGCUGCUAAAGCAGCACCGAAAAAGGCUGAAUCCUCUUCAGAUGAUGAUUCUGAUGAGGAAGCUACACCUCAAGUGAAGGCUACUCCAGUCAAAGCUGCAGCUAAAAAAGAAUCAUCUGAUGAUAGUUCUGAUGAAGAGGAGGUGGCCAAGCCAAAAGCCACUCCAGCUAAACCAGCUGCAAAGAAAGCUGAAUCUAGUUCAGAUGAUUCCUCUGAUGAGGAGCCCACUGAAGCAAGUUCUAAAGUAGCUCCAAAGGCUGCAGCUAAGAAGGAAUCUUCAUCUGAAGAUUCAGACUCUGAAGAUGAACCACCAGCAAAGAAAAAGGCUACUGAAGAAACUAAGAACAAGGGUGCUAAAAGGAAAGCCGAAAGUGAUGAAGGUACCCCUGCAAAGAAACCAGCUUACGAUAACUUUGUAAAAGCAAAUGGCAAUGAUCAGGAGGAGGAGGAAGGUGAUGCGAACAAUAGUUUCGGCGGAGGACGCGGUGGCGGAUUCCGUGGUAAACGCGGAUUUGGGGGUCGCGGAGGUGGUUUCAGAAAUUCUUUCGGCGAUGAGAAUGGAGGCGGUCGCGGCGGUUUUAGAAAAUCGUUUGGCGAUGAUAGGGGUGGACGCGGAGGUCGUGGCGGUUUCGGCGAUAGGGGUGGCUUCAGGAAGUCAUUCGGCGGCGAAGAUAGGGGUGGACGCGGAGGCCGUGGCGGUUUCGGCGACAGGGGUGGUCGUGGAAGCCGUGGAGGUUUUGGCGAUAGGGGUGGACGCGGAAGCCGUGGAGGUUUCGGUGACAGGGGUGGUCGUGGAGGUUUUGGCGGAGAUAGGGGAGGUCGCGGUGGUUUCAGGAAAUCAUUCGAUGGUGGAAAUCGCAACAGUUUCGGCGCCGAUAAACCCGCUCAAAAUAAGAAAAUUACGUUCGAUGAUUAGACUAACUUUUAUAUAAACAUAACGUUUUUUUUAUAUAUAUAAAACACUUUGUACAUAGGUAAGUUGCAAUCGUGCGCAUCACGUUUCUUCUUUUUACAUUAUUUUAACGUAUCGAAUGACAGUAGGAAAUGACACAUUUGUUUUUGUUUAUAGAAAAAUGCGAGAGGAUCUUGGGGAGAAAGGGCCAAUAAUGAUUUGAUACAUACGAAAGGGAAAUCCUUCCGUCAUGAAAAAACUAAGAAA